AUGACUGACAAGAUGUCGAGCUUCCUUCAUAUUGGAGAUAUUUGUUCUCUCUAUGCAGAGGGCUCAACAAAUGGAUUUAUUAGCACUUUGGGCCUUGUGGAUGAUCGGUGUGUUGUACAGCCAGAAGCAGGUGACCUUAACAACCCACCCAAAAAAUUCAGAGAUUGCCUGUUCAAACUAUGUCCCAUGAACCGGUACUCUGCUCAAAAGCAGUUCUGGAAAGCAGCAAAGCCAGGAGCUAACAGCACAACAGAUGCCGUGCUACUCAAUAAGCUGCACCAUGCGGCAGAUUUGGAAAAGAAACAGAACGAAACUGAAAACAGAAAGCUGCUGGGAACAGUCAUCCAGUAUGGCAAUGUUAUCCAGCUGCUUCACUUAAAAAGUAACAAAUACUUAACAGUAAAUAAGAGGCUUCCAGCUCUACUGGAGAAGAAUGCUAUGAGGGUGACUUUGGAUGAAGCUGGAAAUGAAGGUUCCUGGUUCUACAUACAGCCCUUCUACAAACUGCGUUCUAUUGGAGACAGCGUUGUCAUUGGAGACAAAGUAGUCCUGAAUCCCGUCAACGCUGGCCAGCCUCUCCAUGCCAGUAGUCAUCAGCUUGUCGAUAAUCCAGGAUGCAAUGAGGUCAACUCUGUGAAUUGCAAUACAAGCUGGAAAAUAGUCCUUUUCAUGAAAUGGAGCGAUAACAAAGAUGAUAUCCUCAAAGGGGGGGACGUGGUGAGACUGUUUCAUGCGGAACAGGAGAAGUUUCUGACUUGCGAUGAGCACAGGAAGAAGCAGCAUGUCUUCCUGAGAACGACGGGGAGACAGUCGGCCACAUCUGCAACCAGUUCAAAAGCCCUGUGGGAAGUAGAGGUGGUGCAGCAUGAUCCUUGUCGUGGUGGUGCGGGGUACUGGAACAGCCUUUUCAGGUUCAAACACCUUGCUACUGGACACUACCUAGCAGCAGAGGUAAACCCUGACUAUGAGGAAGAUGACCUGGAGUGUCAAUCCUCACUGGACCCUGAGCAGGAUGCCUCCAGAAGAGGCUUGCACAGCGCUCAGGAGAAGAUGGCGUACUCUCUGGUGUCUGUGCCUGAAGGAAACGACAUCUCCUCCAUAUUCGAGUUGGACCCUACCACCCUGAGAGGAGGAGACAGCCUUGUCCCCAGGAACUCUUAUGUCAGACUUCGACACCUUUGCACUAACACCUGGGUUCAUAGUACCAAUAUCCCUAUUGAUAAAGAAGAAGAGAAACCUGUGAUGCUUAAAAUUGGUACUUCUCCAGUGAAAGAGGACAAAGAAGCUUUUGCUAUAGUACCAGUUUCCCCUGCAGAGGUUCGGGACUUGGAUUUUGCAAAUGAUGCAAGUAAGGUUUUAGGUUCCAUUGCUGGCAAGUUGGAAAAGGGAACAAUAACCCAGAAUGAGAGAAGAUCUGUUACCAAAUUGUUGGAGGAUUUGGUCUACUUUGUCACUGGUGGAACUAAUUCUGGACAAGAUGUCCUUGAGGUGGUAUUUUCUAAACCUAAUAGAGAACGGCAAAAACUGAUGAGAGAACAGAAUAUUCUAAAGCAGAUUUUCAAGUUGUUGCAAGCACCAUUUACGGACAGCGGUGAUGGCCCGAUGUUGCGGUUGGAGGAGCUCGGAGACCAGCGUCAUGCUCCUUUCAGACACAUAUGCCGGCUUUGCUACAGAGUGCUGAGACACUCUCAGCAGGAUUACAGAAAGAAUCAGGAAUACAUUGCGAAGCAGUUUGGCUUCAUGCAGAAGCAAAUUGGCUACGAUGUCUUGGCCGAGGACACUAUUACAGCACUGCUUCAUAACAAUCGCAAGCUCUUGGAGAAGCACAUCACGGCUGCUGAGAUUGACACUUUUGUUAGUCUCGUGAGGAAAAACAGGGAGCCCAGGUUUUUGGAUUACCUCUCAGAUCUGUGCGUUUCCAUGAACAAGUCUAUUCCAGUGACACAGGAGUUGAUUUGUAAAGCCGUGCUGAAUCCAGCAAAUGCAGACAUUCUCAUUGAAACUAAGCUGGUCCUCUCUCGAUUUGAGUUUGAAGAAGUGUCAAGUGGAGAAAAUGCCUUGGAAGUUGGAGAAGAUGAGGAAGAAGUGUGGUUGUUCUGGAGAGACAGUAACAAGGAAAUCCGCAGCAAGAGUAUCAGAGAGUUGGCUCAGGAUGCUAAGGAAGGGCAGAAGGAAGAUCGGGACGUGCUCAGCUACUACAGAUACCAACUAAACCUCUUUGCUAGAAUGUGCCUUGAUCGACAGUACUUAGCCAUAAAUGAAAUAUCUGGCCAGCUGGAUGUGGACCUCAUUCUCCGUUGCAUGUCUGAUGAAAACUUGCCAUAUGAUCUGAGAGCAUCUUUCUGCCGGCUAAUGCUUCAUAUGCACGUUGAUCGUGACCCCCAAGAACAAGUAACGCCAGUGAAGUAUGCUCGUCUGUGGUCUGAAAUACCUUCUGAAAUUGCUAUUGAUGACUAUGAUAGCAGUGGAACUUCCAAAGAUGAAAUUAAGGAGAGAUUUGCACAGACAAUGGAAUUUGUAGAGGAAUAUUUAAGAGAUGUGGUGUGUCAGAGGUUCCCUUUCUCUGAUAAAGAGAAAAAUAAGCUCACUUUUGAGGUUGUUAACUUAGCCAGAAAUCUGAUAUAUUUUGGUUUCUACAACUUCUGUGACCUCCUCAGACUAACCAAAAUCCUCCUUGCUAUAUUAGACUGUGUGCACAUCACUACCAUCUUCCCUAUUACCAAGAUGGCAAAAGGCGAGGAAAGUAAAGGGAGCAAUGUGAUGAGAUCAAUCCACGGAGUCGGUGAGCUGAUGACCCAGGUGGUGCUCAGAGGCGGUGGGUUCUUGCCCAUGACUCCGCUUGCUGCUGCUCCUGAGGGUAACGUCAAGCAGAGUGAACCGGAGAAAGAGGACAUCCUGGUAAUGGACACAAAGCUGAAGAUCAUCGAAAUACUUCAGUUUAUUUUGAAUGUGAGAUUGGACUACAGAAUCUCCUGCCUACUUUGUAUAUUUAAACAUGAAUUUGAUGAAAGCAAUGCCCAGAUGUCCGAAUCACCCACUGGAAGCAGUAAUCAAGAAAUGCCAGCUAAUGUACCAGGAGCCCUAGACUUUGAACAUAUCGAAGAACAAGCCGAGGGUAUCUUUGGUGGAAGGAAAGAGAACACACCACUGGAUUUGGAUGAUCAUGGCGGCAGAACAUUUCUCAGAGUUUUGUUGCAUUUGACAAUGCAUGAUUAUCCUCCUCUGGUGUCUGGAGCACUUCAGCUGCUCUUCCGGCACUUUAGUCAGAGACAAGAAGUCCUUCAAGCUUUUAAGCAGGUUCAACUGCUUGUUACCAGCCAAGAUGUUGACAACUACAAGCAGAUAAAACAAGAUUUGGACCAGCUGAGGUCUAUUGUGGAAAAAUCGGAGCUUUGGGUGUACAAAGGCCAAGGUCCUGAUGAGACUAUGGAUGGAGUGCAAGGUGAAAAUGAACACAAGAAAAAAGAGGAAGGUCACAGCAAGUCCCAAAAGCCUGAAAGUACUAGCAGCUACAACUACCGUGUAGUAAAAGAGAUCCUGCUGCGGCUCAGCAAGCUCUGUGUUCAGGAAAGUGCCUCGGUCAGGAAAAGCCGUAAGCAGCAGCAGCGACUUCUGAGGAACAUGGGAGCUCACGCGGUGGUGCUGGAGCUGCUGCAGAUCCCUUACGAAAAGGCUGAAGACACGAGGAUGCAGGAGAUCAUGAAGCUUGCACACGAGUUUUUACAGAACUUUUGUGCUGGGAACCAACAGAACCAGGCAUUGCUGCACAAGCACAUAAACCUGUUCCUUAACCCAGGGAUUCUGGAAGCAGUAACAAUGCAGCACAUUUUCAUGAAUAACUUCCAGCUUUGCAGUGAGAUUAAUGAACGCGUUGUUCAACACUUUGUCCACUGUAUUGAAACACAUGGCAGAAAUGUUCAGUACAUAAAGUUCCUGCAGACAAUUGUCAAGGCGGAAGGAAAAUUCAUUAAGAAAUGCCAAGAUAUGGUAAUGGCUGAGCUGGUGAAUGCGGGAGAAGACGUCCUAGUCUUUUACAAUGACAGAGCCUCCUUCCAGACUUUGGUGCAAAUGAUGAGAUCAGAGAGAGAUCGGAUGGAUGAAAACAGCCCACUGAUGUACCACAUCCACUUAGUAGAACUGCUUGCCGUGUGCACAGAAGGCAAAAAUGUCUACACAGAAAUAAAAUGCAACUCCCUUCUUCCUUUGGAUGACAUUGUUAGGGUAGUAACCCACGAGGAUUGCAUACCUGAGGUCAAAAUUGCAUACAUCAACUUCUUGAAUCAUUGCUAUGUGGACACAGAAGUAGAAAUGAAAGAGAUUUACACCAGUAAUCAUAUGUGGAAGCUAUUUGAGAACUUCCUGGUUGACAUCUGUCGGGCUUGUAACAACACCAGCGACAGAAAGCACGCUGACUCCAUAUUGGAGAAGUACGUUACAGAAAUAGUGAUGAGUAUAGUCACCACUUUCUUCAGUUCCCCAUUCUCUGAUCAGAGCACUACUUUGCAGACUCGCCAACCUGUGUUUGUACAGCUGCUGCAAGGCGUGUUCCGAGUGUACCACUGCAACUGGUUAAUGCCAAGCCAAAAGGCAUCAGUGGAAAGCUGCAUUCGGGUCCUCUCAGAUGUAGCAAAAAGCCGCGCAAUUGCAAUUCCUGUAGACUUGGACAGUCAGGUCAACAAUCUCUUCCUGAAAUCUCAUAACAUUGUACAGAAGACUGCCAUGAACUGGCGAAUGACUGCACGGAAUGCUGCCCGCAGAGAUUCGGUGCUCGCUGCCUCCAGGGAUUAUCGAAACAUAAUUGAAAGAUUACAGGACAUAGUAUCAGCUUUAGAGGAUCGCCUACGUCCUCUUGUCCAGGCGGAGUUGUCGGUACUGGUAGAUGUGCUUCACAGGCCUGAACUGCUCUUCCCAGAGAACACGGAUGCGCGGAGGAAAUGUGAAAGCGGAGGUUUCAUUUGCAAGUUAAUAAAGCAUACUAAACAGCUGCUGGAGGAGAAUGAGGAGAAGCUAUGUAUUAAAGUAUUACAGACGCUCAGGGAAAUGAUGACCAAAGAUAGAGGCUAUGGAGAAAAGGUUUCUCAAAUAAUAAAGAAAGUAGAAACCCCCAAGGCAGGGCGCUGGCGCGUUGUCUGGAAAAGCCCUUGGGUCGAGUAUCUCUUGAUCGACUCCUUACUGGGCUGGAACUGCUGUAAUCCCCUUCUUGAUGGAGCUGUUGACAAACGUCUCGGAGAAGUGGUUCAGGACCAAGCUAAAUUUGCCUCAAGUGCCAUCAAGCGUGACUCUUUGCACAACAGCGAUAACUAA